AUCCCGGAUGGCGGGGACGUUGGUUACACGAUGACGGAGCUGCAACCGUCGCCGCCAGGAUAUCGCGUCCAGGAUGAGGCCCCAGGCCCACCUUCCUGUCCCCCGGGGUCCUACAAGUACACGAGUCAUGGCCACGGGAGCGAGGCUGCCAAUUUCAAGAGUGCCACGUCGUAUUCUCAGGAAGGCUAUGGCCUCAAGCAGAGUCCGCCUCGGUCGGUGGCUCCUAACGAAUACUAUCGUCGCAGAAACGACGGGCGGCGGUCCAGCACGGAGAACGAUCUCGAGGGUGGCAACGGUAGCAAGAAGGCUGCCGCGGUUGCCAGUUACAACGACGGUCACAAGAAGAAUACUCCGGGCUAUAAGAACGACAGCGGGUACAGCGAGAGCCUCGGAUUCGACAGCUUCACGCUCCCCCUUAAUGAGAGAGACGAAGCCUCGCCACCACCGACGCCGCCAGUUAGGGAUGCCUCCAGUCUCAAGGGCGUGUGUUACGGCCCGGGACACGAGAAGUAUCCGUCGUGGCCAAGCGCGCCCGAGAGACACCCCGACGAGGAUAUCCACAGCACGGGACACAGCGGUUCUCAUCGCUCCAAGUCCUGGACCGACCAUACCAACUAUCCGAAGGAGAAGCCGGCCCAGUACACCAGACCACACACGAAGAGGCCCAAUCCGGCGUUCACGCAGCAGUUGAAGACGGUGAUGGAGCGUUGCGAGAAGAUCCCGGCCGAGACUUACGAGUCACGGAACAGGAGUAACAUCGAGGAGGAAUCGAGAUUGUGGCCGCGCGUGGAUCGCGAGGGUAAAGCUUUGGGCGAUGCGGAGUACGUGGUUCCAUCGCCGCCGGAACGGGAACAGCAAUCUCAGACUUUGAGUCACGCUGACUUGGAGGCUUACGUAAGAAGCUAUCAGGACCCUCAGGUGUCUCAGGUGGAUCUCUAUCGUGAAACAACGUUAACGCAAGCGGGUCUCGAGGAAUAUACGAGGGUGCAGCAUUCUCAACAGGCCAGCUAUGCGCAGUCCGAAGGCUACCAUAGCUACGUGUCCAGUGUGGAUUCUACGACCAACACGCCAUUUCUCGACAGAUUGAGAAGAGACAGCGAGGCGGUGGCACAAAGGCCCGCGGCAUCCUGGGAAGACACCUCUCGCGAAGGAAGAGAUAGCGUGGUCACCACUUCCAGUGGCAGCGCCUCCAGCAGCGAGACUCUGAAAUGGCACGGCUCGAUGUCGGACGUCAGCGUUUCGAGCGGCAUGCCUCCUCGCCAAGGGCCAUCAGAUCGAUGGCAUCACGGAUCGAUGUCGGAUGUUAGCAGUGUCAACGGAGGGAUCCUGACUCAGAAACCCAACAACGUUUGUCAUGAAAAGUGGCAAGGUUCUAUGAGCGACGUCAGCACAUCUGGAAUAAUCCCAUCAACGAAGGGCAGGCACAGCCUCGACAAGUGGCAGACCUCGAUGAACGACCGAAACAAGCAGGGACAGGGGAGACCGAGCCUGCCAGCGGUGAUCGGACACUGCGUAAUGUCCACAUCGAUCAACGAGAUUUGCCAAACGUCGGUGAUUCGAGAAAGUAAAUGGCAGGAGUCUAAUAUCGACGACGAUUCGCUAAAUGACAGGCCGCAAGCGGGUCAUCAGUGGGAGAACUCGAGUAGACUCGAGAGCGACAAGUACGUCCAAUCUAUGCCGCAGAGCCCUACGCGCCAACAAGUUGGCUCGGCGAGUCCACAGAGUUCCGACAACUGGAACUCCAUGCAUGGAUCCAUGUCCGACGUGAGUCAGAGCAACGGGAUUCAAUGCAGCAAACAACUGAUUGCUCACAGCGCGAGGGUACAGACUCCUCAGCGGCACCAUUCGGAAAGUGUGUUGUAUUUAGAUCGCGAACGCAAUCAACGGAAGCUGUACCCCGUCAGUACAACGCAGCCGCAAGAAUCGUCAAGAAUGACGUUGAACUCAUCGUCGCAGCCGCAGCUUUCGGUAGCUGAGCGUAUCAAUGAACUGGAGAAGCAGCAACAGCAACAGCAAAUGCGUUACACCUAUCUGGACCCGGAAAAACGCCACCGAGUGUCCGAUCCCACCUUGAAAGCGAUUCAGAAGAAAGCACUGUUGUCGUUCUACGAGAGACACCAUCAGGCGUCUUGGCGAUCAGAGCCCCAACUGGCUCAAGGCCCCGCGCCAGCUCCUCAGAGUCCACAGAGUCCUCAAAGUCCACCGCCACAGCCUCCUCCUCGACCGAGAGCAUCCUCAUCUCGAAGGGCCAGUUCAGCAUCGGAUUACGCCAGCGGUACAUGGCGGGAGAACGUCAAUAGAGGCCAGAAUCAGGGAAGCGGUGAUCUACCGAGUCCUAAGCAUCAGCACAGCAACAGUUGCGGCAGCCUCUCCACGGAUUUAUUGGGUCCCGUGAUAGUCGGACCAGCCAUAUCGAUCGACGACUGGGUGCCCGAGAGACCGCCUAAAAAGCCGCACCUCAGGAACGCUUACAACGAACGUGUGCCUAGCCCGGACUUGCCACCUCCGUCGCCGCCGACAGUCACCGAGAACGAGGUCCACGAUUGCGACGAUCCAUUACCGCCCCCACCACCCGAGCUCAGUGACGAUUCUUUCACGGAGAUGCGUAAGUCCAAUAAUGUUCACCAUCACCAGACAGAGGAAACGGCAAAGAUCAGUCGUGAAAGGUCAUGCGAACGACACAAGUCGGAACGGCAUUCCAUGAAACGAUCCAAGCACAAUGGCAAGAGAGAUCACGAUAAAUCUACUGGCAAAUCCUCGCCAAAUUCGACAAAGACGGGAACGCAGGAGCAGGAAUCGCAUCAAUUCGUGAGAUCUUCCGCAGCGUUGAAGCACGCAGACUCCGAGAUGGUGCUGGAGAAUGGGGUAUCGGCCGGGUUUGCCACGCACAGGAUGGUAGCCACGGGACGCUCGAGUUUGCGAUAUCCAGCCACUCAGAAGCUCAUGGUGAACGGUAGGCUAGCGCCCACCAGGAGAAUAUCUGAGGAGAGACCUUUUCCAGCUAGACCUCCCGCCCAACUGCCUGAUCUCAUAUCGCAAAGGUACAGCGACUCUGGCAAUCAGAGACCCGCCCCGCAGGUACCAGUAGAGUCGAGGAUCAUCCGGCAGGAGUCGAUGCGAGUCGACGGGACGCGCGUCGACGCAUCCGGUUUGCUGCGAAACGAUUCCGGUCAGAGACUGGAAUCCUCGUCGGGUCAAAGGCCGCAACCACAAGUGCCUAAAAACGCGGACAAGAAUACUGCCGCGAAUCCGUCGUUGAGACCGAAUUAUCUGCCGGUGACGGAGGCCGCGAAGAACCCGUCCAAGUACCUGAAGAGCGGAAAUCACAGCUUCUCCAUCGGCAGUCCGGUGAAAACGGGAUACGAGGCCAGCUCGAAGCUCUUCCCUUCGGAAUCGAACCCACAGAAGUAUCAUGAACCGCCGAAAUACGUUCCUAACCAUCAUCAACGUACCAACGACGUGGCGCAGAGGAAUUACUAUGCACUACCACCGAAGUACGUUGAUCUGCCGAAGCAGAAACCUCAGGCUCAAUGUCCUACAGAGAGGUAUAGCACGGGCUCGCCCAGUUCUCCGCCCCCACCUUUAGCACCACGGCAGAACACACCCGGUAGGAAAUCCUUGCCGCCUCCACCGAGACCUGCACCACCGCAUUCUCAUCAAGGGAGCCAAUCGAAGGCUUCCUACUUGGCUUACAGACGAGAGCGCGGAGCGCCCGACAGCGAGGGUAGCUACAAGAGAACGAUGUCGCCAACCUCCCGAAUGGACGAUUGGCCGCCUCCUAGGGAUCACGAUGAUCCCGUGCUAUUGCGUGUCACGCCGCAUCAUCCGUUACAGCAACAGCAUCACCAUCAGCACCACAACAAUCAUCAUCAGCAGCAGCAUUCUGAUCUCUCCAAGUCGCACAGCGUGGAUGCUCUUCAUCAUCGACUGGACGAGAGGUGCACUCAGCAGCAGCAACAUUCGGCAGAGGUAGUCAGCAAGCUUUCGCACGAGCUCAGCAAGAAGCUCCAGGCCAGCGACGUGCGAUCGCGUGCCAGCGAGAACAACAACAACGACAACCUCGAGGACAGGCAUCAGCAUCAUCACCAUCAUUACCAAGAGAAGAGGCAUCCGGAGAAGAGACACGACUACGAGCAACGCAGGGAGAGACUGUCGCCGCAAAGCGUGGAAGUCCUCAACGACAGGAACAGGCAGCUGGAGCGAGAACGUCGGAAAUUGGCAGCGAGCUGCGAGCCCCUACCUCAAAAUAGAGAGAAGCAGCUACGAGAAAUCAGCGGCUCGCUCCCAAUCAGCGACGACUUUUUCCGCGAGAGGAGCGCCACGAUCGAGAUGACCUCGCAGAACAUCGAACUACUGAACCGCCGUAACGAGAAGAGGACGAGCAGUGUGUCGGCGUCAAGCAACACGAUACCCACGUAUUCUAUGAGCACCACGACGUCGUCAAUUGCCACGACGAUGACGACGACCUACGGCAAUGGCUGGUCCAGAAGGCACGAGACGCAGAGCUCGGUAGAAGCCACCAUCUUCUCCGACCGACCACCACCACCGACGAGCUCACCACCGAGAUCGCCGGAUAACGUCGAGGCUGCAAACGCGCGAGGAGCCGUUCCGAGACGAUCGGGAAGCUGCUCGAGCUCCUCCUCUUCAGGAAGAUCGAUCGAUGUUCGUGUUUCGCCUCGUGCUCUGCUGUCCAGAUCGCCUCCCAAGAGCUCUCUGGACUCCCUCGCGCGAAACGAAGCCCGGCUAGAGUGUACGGGCGGCAAUAGGAAAGUCUCCAGCCCAACGCAGACAGACAACACGGGUUCUUGGAACAGGUCCAGCUCACCAUGUCGGCUGAGUCAGACGAGCGAGACGGAAUCGCGGAUCGAGAGACCGUCGCCGUCUGCAAAGUUCAGGCCUGGCGGCAGAUCAUCCGCGUCCUCUAUCUCGAGCGUCUCCAAAGCGUCCUCCUCCUCGUCGCCGAGGAACUCGCCGGUCGAGGAGGACAAACUCUCGCCGACGUCGUCGCUCUGUGUGUCACCCCAGCCCGGCAUAGAAGGACUAACGCUGGUGCAACGUACGGAGAUCGUGCUCCGGGUGAACGCGGCCACCAGUGACGCCGCCUCGCAAACUGACAUCUUGGACGACACGGAGCAGGAUAGCAGAGUGACCGAACGACCGCUCCCGGAAUCCAGGAAAAAACUGCCGGAGGAGAUCGAGUGCGAGGAGCUCAGCAAGGACCUGGCCAGUCAACUCAGUCCCAACGACAAGCUGGUGCCUAUACUCGUUCCAGCGCCGGAGCACAAGAAACCCACCGACUACGUUUCCGGUCUGUUCAGGGUGGAGGCGACCUUGCAGCCACGACCAAGGCGACGGCUCUCCCUGGAAGAGUCAACGGCCGCCUGCAGCGAGGACGCGGACGCGGACGAGAAAAAACACGAAACGAUACCAUCGGCUCCCGUCACGCCACUGUCGGCCGAUCCUAUCAGCCCCCUGUCCCCCACUUCGGCUUAUUUCACGACGUCCGAAGGGAAGGCCAGGUUCCUGACGAGAUACUCGCGGGACGUCGCGGCGGAGGAAUUGACACGUCAGGAGGAUGCGCCAACGGCGGCGGUACCAACGAACAGCCUUGACCUCAGGCAGAAGAAGGAAGAGCUUAUGAUGCGGCUCGACAGGAAACUGGUGGUUCUCAAGGCCGAGCAGGAGGCCGUAAGGGAGGAAGGUGAGGUGAACGAUGCUCUGGGUGCGCGAGUCGCCGCGCGCGUUUCCGCCGUGGCACGUCCGCCGGAAGCUUCCAAGUAUCGGCUUCAUGUGGAGGAAGUCGGCAAGAUUACGAGCCUUCUUCUCGGCCUCAGCGGCAGGUUGGCUCGCGUUGAGAACGCCCUUUAUGGAAUGCCGGCCGACCACGCGGAGAGAAAAAUUUUGGAAAGCAAACGGGACAAGCUAAUGGAUCAGUUGGAAGAAGCGAAAAUUCUCAAGAAUAAUAUCGACAAGCGCAGCGUGAAUGUGUCGGCGAUCCUAGCAAAGUACCUGAACGAUGAGGAAUAUGCUGACUACCAACAUUUCAUUAACAUGAAGGCGAAGCUGAUAGUGGACGGUCGCGAGAUACAGGACAAGGUGAAGCUCGGCGAGGAGCAAUUAGCCGCGCUGAAAGAGGCAAUUGACUAGUCGUAACGAUGGACUUACAUGCUAAGUUAUUAUGAAAUCAAUUCGUAAAUAACCGUGUAUUUCCAAACGUAAACAAUGGAGGAGUCCCGCAUAAUGAGUCAAGCUGACUCAAAAGCGUAGGUUAAUAGGGGUGAAAAGUUACGGGAGCACAUGAAAGAGAAGUACCGCUCAUAUCCAGCAUUGAAUGAACGGAUAUCUUGGAUUUUUAAACGCGCAGCUGUGAGUGUGAAAUCACUUGUUACAAUAAAGUAUUAUGAACGCAUAUAUAAACGUGUUUCUACAUGUAUCGUGUAAUCUGAAUGCAUCUAUUUUCGAACAUUGUUAUCGAAAAAUCGUCCCACACGAAAAUUAUUUCGUCCGACUGAUUGAGCAUUUCCGAGCGUUCAUGCGGGAGGCACGUUUACACGUUCCUGCAUGGAAAUCCGCCGAUCGAAAUCACCGUAUCCCGUAGCGACAGAUAAGGGCAUCUCUAAAGUGGCAUUAUGAAAAUGCCGAGCAACUUAAUGCAUGGCCGAAGUGAUGUUAAGACGAAUAUGUGAAGUCUACCUUGCGUAUAAAAUAAAACCAGGUCACAAGUUAAACCUGACGUCCUCACGAUCCAAGUGUGAUCCCGAAACCUUUAAGUGCCUAGUCUUUGUUAAGCUUGCGUCGAUCUUGUCGUGUUCCCCCCCAGUGAUCCAUAGAGGAAACGGAAGAAAAUCAUCGCGAGACGCGUCGGUAAGAUGAGCGAAGACCAGAAGGAAUGUAUCGAUCACUCUUCUUUUUGGGGAGAAGUGGAGUUGCGCGUUGAAACGAUGUUGUAAGAAUGCGAAUUUGUAAAUACGAACGCCAGAAACGUGAUAACGCAGACUCGGAAAAAGCGGGAACGUGCUUUUAAUCGGAAGACGAAAACGAUCGAUCGUAAUCUAGGCUUUAUAAGGAACUGCACGAGACGGCGACACAGCUCUUGCACACGCACAGCAUAUUUAUGUACUGUUCUCGUGUAUUUGAUCGAUGCCAGUAAUUACCCUGCGCGUGAAACGAAUUCUGGAACGCAUGGUCGGAAUCAAAAUUUUAACACAUUUUUUAGAUGUAUUUUCCCGGAUACGGGCGGGUGUAUAUUUUUUUAUUGCGCGAAUCGUAUCUGGAAACGCGUAUCUGGGAACGUCAGGCAACUUAGAGCUCCGGUGAAAUGUUUAUAAUGUUCGUAUGCGAGUACGAAGGCUCGAAAAUACCCGCGAUUCAUCGUGACUUUCAGGAGGAAUGGAAAAAGACGCAAGACGAGUGCGACUGAGGGCUCGAGAAUGCGCGUUACCUGGUUACCAGCAUACGAAUUCGCUGCUCGCGACGCGAAUCGUCAGAUCCUCGCGAUCCAGGAUUACUUGUGGUGCCUUCUUAUCUACGACAUGUGAUAUAAGAGUGAGGAGAGCUCAUUCUUUUUCUUUUUUUCUCUGUGUGCACGGCGCUUAAAGAGCCGAGCGAUGCAGCAACCGAAGCAACGUGUUGUAUGUGUAUAUAAUUAUAAUAAGUAGUAUUUAAGUGCCUACAAUGACACACGAAUACACGUACACACAUACAGACGCACGUGCAUACAUAUGUUUUGUAUGUACGUGCGUAUACACACACACACGUAUACAACGAAGUACUAUUUUUACGUAUUGUUCUAACCCCCGGGGGUCCUCGUGGACCCCUAUGACGCUUGUGAUCUUAUUUACUCUGUACGAAACCACCAAGGACUCUCGAAGGUACCGCGACAGUCGCGGGUGACGUAUUCGAGCCUCCAUGGUGAGUCCAGCGAGAAAUUUUAUGCCACGGUCACUUGGACGAACCCCCGUUUCGUCUUUUUCUCACUCCGUCCCGUCCCGUUUGUAACACAUGCGUGUUCUCCGUUACCGGCCACCCCCCUCCCCGCCCGUCGUUACACUAUCGAGGGCGGAGAAGAGACUUGCAGGAGUGAAAUUGCACGGAGAGCUGGACCUCCGGAUCUUUGAGCUCGAUAAUGAGACAUUUACCGAGGAUCAAGGAUCUCGAGAUGGAAUCCAUCUCGACUAGGACUGCGAGCAGAACUUGAACAAAAAAGGAAAAAGAAAAACUUGCAGUUUCAUUUGACGUGUCAUGAAUACAAAUUUUUCUGCACGAUGAAUCCGUUCACCAGGCACAAACGUGCUUGAUCUCAGAUUAUCAUCUAUAUCUCAGAGAAUAAUCUCAGUAUAUUCAGAUCAUAACUCGGAUCGGAGAUAGCACGGAUGUAGAGAUAACGUGUCAUAAGCCGGGAUCGAUCAGACGGCGCGACGCUGAUCGCGCAUGAGAAAGACUGAGUACAGGGCAUAAAAUUUUGCGGCAUAAUAGUCAGUUUCUGUUCCUCGUUUGUUUCUUCGAGUGUUCGCAAAUCGGCUGCGGCCGCGGCUGCGAGUAUGUACACUGUGUAAUCUUGCCGUUAAUCGGGAGCAGCAGCAGCAGCCGCCGCCGCCGUUGUAACGCGUUUGUGAGCAGCAUUACGCCACGCGUCGGCGGUAACGAAUGCGACCGUGUCAUCUUCAUCCCCCGCCGUGGAUAAGGCGCAGCUGUUGUACAUAGCAAAUUAAUCGAAACAUGGUGCUCUCUCUGGAUGUCUAUUUUUUACGAGAAGAAACGUUCCAUUAAUUAAUUCGUUAAGCUGGCACUAUAGCUAAAGACAUUAAUAUUUAACGCGUUCUCGCUGUGUACAUAUUACCACACACAAUUUUACGCGAUGCGAUAUGGCAACAUGAUAAUUAAUUACACGCAUACGCAUACACAUUCGCGCGUCAUCUGUAAGCGACGACGCUAGGGAGAGGAGUCGUUGUUAGUCUGACAAUAUUAUCCUUUACAAAUGUACUACGAGACCAUUACGAUAACUACAUUUCUCAAGCUCGCUUGCAAUAAAUAACAUGUUGGAAUUCAAAACGAAAUGUGUGUUCCUUUAUUGCAACCAUCUAAUGUAAUUAUAUCACUGAGGACAUACUGAAAAUUACUAAGUCGAUUUCACGCAAUUCAAAGAAAUUCGAAGAAAAAUAAUAAAUUUUUAGUUACUAUACUUAUAUACUUUAUUGUUAGAAUAUGAAACAAAGACGAAAUAAAUAAUAAUGCAAGAAGAGAAAGUAUAAUUACAAAAUAACAGCAAAAUACUGAAUGUUAAAUGCGCAUGUACAUAGUUUUAUUUAUAAAAUAUAUUUGCAAAAUAUCGUUACGUAUGUAGCAUAAUUGUAAAAUUUAAAAAACGCCAAAUAGAGUAACAUGUUGUAUUAAGACUCAUUACAUUUUAUAAAUUUUCCACGCGAUAACUCUUUAGUUAGAAUGUAAUUUAUAUUAUAUUCCUGUGUCUGUCAAACAGUAAUUUUAGCUGUAAUUAUAAUAAUAAAAAUUUUUAUUAAACA